GUCAGUCAGCAGUCAACAGCUUUAUCAGUCAGCAGUGGCUACUUCCUUAAUUGGAAUCACCAGCCCAACCCGCCCAACCCUACAGUAGCUCAAACCUGGAGGAGCUCAGCUCAAACCCUCUCACUGACUGCUGCUCCAACCCUCGGACCGGACACAUCUUGAGAGUCUGGAUCAAGGAUGGCCCUUCUCGACUUCCCCGUUCCGGAGCUGGACGUCACCUUGCGGGAGGUGGGGCGCGUCCUCCAGCUCACGCUGCCCGCUGACCUGUACCCCGAGUUCAGACACACCCUGGGGCAGCAGCGGGGGCAGCUGGAGGCGGCGCAGAGGCGCCUGGCCGCCUCGGCCACCGGCCGCGAGAACUGGGUGACGGAGCAGUUCAAGAGCCGGCUGCUGGCGUGCGGCGACCCCCUGCCCACGGCCACAGCCCUCCCGGCCGUGCUCCCCCCCCGCGGGGCCGGGAGGGCCGGCCCACAGCUGGAGCGGGCGGCCGCCCUGCUGUGGGCCGUGGCCAAGCUGCACUGCGAGCCCUCGCUGGUGGAAGAGGCCACGGCCGCCACCGAGCGCACGCAGCAGGCCCAGAUAUUCGCCGCCUGCCGGCUGCCGGGCACCCAGCACGACGAGAUCAAGAUGUACCCAGACAGCCUCCAUGCCAUCGUCACCUGCAUUGGAGGCGUGUUCCCGGUGGACAUCCUGAGCCGUGGCAGCGAUGGAUCGAUGCGCCCCCUGCCGGUCUCUGACAUAUACCAUCAGCUGGCUCAGGCCAUGAGCCACACCGCCUCCAGCGGACAGAGACACGCUCCCACUAUCUGUGGCCUCUCAGCCUUGGACCGCAGGUCCUGGGCGGCCCUCAGGGGGGAGAUGGUGAAGCAGGGGGGCCUGGCCGCAGGGUCCCUGGGGCUCAUGGAGAGCGCGGUGGUGGCCCUCUCCCUGGAGGGCUGCGAGGCCCCCCCGGAGAUGGCCAAUAUCCUGAACACAGUCCGCCUGGGCGGAGGGGACGGUCCUUGUCUGAGAUACUACGACAAGGUGGUCAACGUGGUGGUGUUCAAGGACAGCACGGCGGGGAUGGUGUUUGAGCACAGCGCGGUGGAUGGAAUGGUAGCGGGGCUGGUGUCAGAGUGUCUGUUUCAUCUCUCUGAAACGGUAGACAUCAACCUCGACCACUACGGCCCCGAGGACCACGGCCGCUCUGACGCACAAAGCGAUGGCAGUAGGGUGACCCCAACUCCCCUACCUUUCCCCUUGCAAGAAAUCAGAAUCACCCCAAGCCCUUCCUUAAAGGCCACUCAUCCAGUCAUUACUUUUGAGGUGUCCUCAUACCCAGAUGUUUUUUCAGCAUUGAGAAGUCAAAGAGGCCUGUACGAUGCCUGGAUAAACUUUUCUCUGCAACUUUCCUUGAGUCAAAUUUUUGGUGAGUCUGCAGCCAAUCACAUCAUUGUCACACCAACCCACAUGCGGCACUACAAACAUGGCCGCUGCGACCCAACAUACUCCCUGACUAUGAGGUCUCGAGAGCUGGUGGGCGCCCUUGCAUCCUGUGUGCGGCAUGACGACGCUCCUCAGUAUAGCGCUCAUCUUCUACAACUGUUCCAUGUUGCCUUUCUGGAGCACAAGAACCUCAUCAAAGCAACAAAAAGUGGCCAGGGAGUAGGUCCUCAUCUUGCUGCCCUUCGGUGGUCUUUGCCAUCAGACAACCCACUAAAAAAGUUCCUGGAUCCCUUUGGAUGUCCCUCUGUUUACCUCACUGGUAAAGAUCUAAUGGAAGGUGUAGAGUGUGCAGUCGGAAAUGUUUAUGCUAAGGACCAACUAGCUGUUACUUACCUUGGAAGGAGAGACAAGGUCUUGAUGGUGUUAAAUGCUAAAGGUAGCUUUGCCACGGUGUUGGAAAACCUUCGUGACAGUCUGGCGAUCAACAUGAAGCUAGUGAUGCUACUAGCUCUCAGAUACUCCAUCGCAUGCCAAAUGGGUGCUCUGGAUUGUGUACUCCAUGACGGCCAAGUAGGGUCAGUGAAUGCAGAGGUGAACCGCUCUGUAGAAGGGCCUCUGUCCAAAAUAAAACCCAAUUCAGACUCCAUGAGCCCAGACUUUACUCUGGUAAUACAUGGCGGGGCUGGAGAGGUGAUGAUGUUAAACAGCAAAGUAGUGGAGGUCAUUGAGUUUGCUCUAAAGACAGCCUUAGGCCUCGGCUCCCAAGUGCUUCAACAUGGGGGCAGCAGCCUUGAUGCAGUUCAGAGGUCAGUGGAAGCUUUGGAAGAUUGCUUCCUCUUCAAUGCAGGGAAGGGUUCUGUUUUUAACAAAGAUGGAAAAAAUGAAAUGGAGGCCACCAUAGUGGAUUGCAGUGGGAUUAAUUCUGGAUCUGUAGCCUGCUUGCAGAGGGUAAAAAACCCCAUAAAGGCCGCCAGGUGUGUGAUGGAUAAGAGUCCCCACUCCAUGAUUGUGGGAGAAGGAGCGGAGGACUUUGUUCACGGUUUGGAGCCAGGGGAACCUCUCGGCCCAGAUUACUUCUACACUGAUAUCCGUCACAAAGAGCUAAUGGUGAAGCUGCAGGCUGACGUCAAUCCACAGAACAACCAUCCACAGACUGUGGGAGCGGUGGCACUGGACCGCUGGCGUAAGCUAGCUGCUGCAACGUCUACAGGGGGUUUGGUAGGGAAGCUGAAAGGCAGGGUUGGAGACACAGCUGUAGUAGGAGCAGGGAUAUAUGGGGAUGACAAGCUAGCUAUUACAUGCUCAGGAGAUGGAGAUGUGUUUCUGAGGCACACAGUAGCACAGAAAGUAGCCAUUCUCUACAACCACAAAGGUUACACCCUCAGACAAGCAUGUCGAGAAGUGAUCUCUGAAAACCUCAAAGGCAUCAGCGCCGGGAUCAUCGCUGUCGAUUCUAAAGGAGAAGCCGUCAUUGAGACCAGUGCUGGGGUGAUGUUUGUAGCCUCCAUGGUUGGCGGAAUUUCACGGGUUGAGGUCCUCAGACCUAUGCCUGAGAUCUCCAAUGUGAUCUGGGAGACAGAUGAGCUAGUUGCCCACCUUAAUCCAAAGCCUUGGACUCCAGGGGAUACAAUUCUGACGAGAAAAGCGUUAAGUGGUCCAAGCAGCAUCUUCCAGUUAGCUCUACCUGAUUUUGAGGCCAUGCUUCAAGCAGCAAAAACCGUUUCUAACCUGCUGUGUAAGAAACUUGGAGUACAGCGCUGUGCCUUGGUUUCUAACCCAUCCCCUGACCACCCAGCCCAAAUCAAACUGCUGCCACUCCAUGGCCUAGAAACGGACUGGCACCCUCAUGUAUCCCAACAAGAGGACUUCAAAGCCUUUGAUCCUGGCUACUGCUCCUCAAAGAGUGGGCCUCGCUGUGAGGAUGGACUGCUGGACCAGGUUCAGGCCAAGGUUAGGGAUAAACUGCCAACACCAAACGCCCCUUCUUGCUAUGAUUACUUGGGGGAUCAUUCCAGUGACGACCUGUUCUCUCGUAUUGUACGUGGAGAAGAGAAACAAUGGAGAGUUUGGGAGGACUCGGAGCAUGUUGCAUUCCUGACGCCAUACCCUAACACGCCCGGACUUACAGUUGUGGUGCCUCGCAAGCCCCUUUCCAGUGACAUCUUGAGUUUAGAAGAUGCAGACUACACAGCACUGACCCGAGCUAUCUAUAAAGUAGCCAAACUACUGGAAGAGGGAAUGAGAGCUAGGGGAGUUGCACUCAUUUUUGAAGGCUUUGAGAUUGAUUACGCCCAUGCUAAGAUGAUUCCUCUAGUACCGUCACCAGAUGGCAGCAAGCCUGAAGAACUGCAACCUGAACAUUUCCAAAGCUACCCCGGAUAUGUGUCUUCACUCAAUGGUCAAGCUGCCAAGCCUGAAGCCCUUGAGAAAAUCCACUCAACCAUCAGCCAAUGUAAGCCUCCUGGAUCAUGGCAAGAACCUCAGACCCACUCCAUGAUUGCCAUCAGGAGUCAGUGGUACCACAACAUGUUUCAGAUUCAAAACACCCUCUUUCACAGCACAGUGGAGUAUUUCCAUAAUGUCUGCCAGUACUCAUACGCUCUGACGCCUCUCACCACUGACACCAUCUCCUCCCCCAUGGGCCUGGGGUCGGAUUCAGAGCCGGUCUUGGUGAACAUAUUGGGCCAAGAUGUUUACCUUGCAGACUCCAUGCAGUUUGUACUGGAGUACUUCCUCCGCUUCCAGGAGAGCCUCCGAGGGACUUACUACAUAUCGCCCAGCUUCAGAGGGGAAGACCCUGAUGCCACACACUUGAAUCAGUUCUACCAUGUGGAGUGUGAACUCCUGGGUGAUAUGGACAAUGCCAUUCAGAUAGCAGAGGCCUACGUGUUUCACCUCACCAACGCCAUGCUGAAAAACCACUCUGACAUCAUACUAAACACCGCUGGGACCCUGACCCAUAUCACGGACAUGUUGAGUAAGCUUCAUGGAAACCAGCCUCUACCAAGAGUCCCACUAGACCAAGCCAUUCCCAUGAUGCCCUCUGCAGACUGUUUGGAGUGGGUUCAGCAAGGCCAGCCACACUUUGGCCGGAAGCUGACCCGCAAGGGCGAGAGGGUGUUGAUCGAGAAGUAUGGCGGCGCCGUGUGGCUGACGGAGAUGGACCACCUGGGCGUCCCCUUCUACCAGGCCUAUGUGGAAGGGUCAGGGCAGAGCAAGGCCAAGGCCUCGGACCUCCUGCUGGGCCUCGGGGAGACUGUAGGUCUGGGCGAGCGCCACUCCACCCCUGAGCUAGUUCAGGAGGCCCUCAGGCACCACGCGGUGCCCGAAGAGUCAUACAAGUGGUACAUUAACAUGCGGCAGGUGAGGCCCCUACUCACCAGCGGGUGGGGCAUGGGUACAGAACGCUACCUGUGUUGGCUUCUUCAGCACGAUGACAUCAGAGACAUUCAAAUCAUACCCAGGAUGAAGUCAAAAAAGUACAUGCCCUGAUCCGCAGUGAUGCAGCGCCCUUCAGGUUCCGGUCAUUAUAGAACCUCAGGACCUCAAAGUACCUUCAACGGCAGGAACAGAAUAAUACAGUUGAGUUGUUCCAUUCUACACCCAAUAAAUAAAUGUGAGAAUAUUUAUUGUUGAAUUGAUGAUUUAUCGACAUAUAACUACUAAAUAUUGCAUUCAGUUCAUGUGAUUGUAUAAAUUAUUUGUAAGACUAUUACCAUUAAUUAACCUUAUUAUUAUUACCUUUAUUUAUCUGUUCUGCUGAAGUAUGUUGAUGCUGAAAUAUGUUCUGCCACACUUUAUCUUUGUCUUAACAAACUGUAAAAUGAUAUUCUAUGAGUUCAACAAAUUAUUUGCUAUAAUACAAAAAUAUGAGUUUGAAUAUUUUCCAUUAAAUAAAGAUUUGAAAUGGAAUAGGGGUCAAUUUCAAUGACUUUAUUAUUUUGUAACAGUUGCCUUAAGUUAUUCUAUAUGCUAACUCUUUUUAUAACUCUUAUUUUAUUUGCUAUAAUAUAAAACUAUACCAAAGAUCCUAAGUACUAGAAUUGUUUUAAAUAUAUAUAUAGAAUCUUGAAGGGUCCUUCAAAUGCUCUUACUGCAUGAUUUUGUGUGCAUACAUUCUUCAUUCGUCACUGUUUUAGAGUUUUUGUUUUAGGUUUGAAGAGAAACAGUAUUUCAAAUCUUUGUAAAACAAUAAUUUCAGUUGGAUUGGGUCCAUUUCCAUGGUUUUAUACAUUUGUAACUUUUCUAUUGAAUUCAUUUUAAAUAAAUUAAUACUAAGGAUUACCAA